AGAUCCAUCAGUUUCUUGCGAUCCACCACUUCGUUUCUGAUAGGGUCUGACGGUAGUGUUUGAAACAACUCCGAGGUGAAUCGGUCAUCAGUAGUUUUGCUAUCUACAGAAAGGCAACAUUUAUCAUAAAUGCGCACUUGAUCAUUUGUGCGUGAGUCUUUUGAGAAUCAGGAUGGUCGCAGCACAGACGGAGCAGGCACCCGGCGGUCCAACCGGCAGAAAGUCGAUGUUCGAAGAUGUAUGGUUUAUGCGUGUUUAUGGUUUUAUUACCGUAGAUACCUCUUCUUGGUCCAGAUCUUGUUCAGGUCCUACCUGUGUAAAGAUUCCUCAUCCUCGAACUUGCUUCCUCUAAUCCCACUAGCGGCUAUCCUACCUGCGUAAAGAUUCCUCAUCCUCGAACUUGCUUCCUCUAAUCCCAGCAGCAUUGCAAAUAGCCGAGGACUCCAUUGGUACACUGAACCUGGAUUCCGUGGGUGAUAUGCUGGUGAGCGUCACCCAAGACCUACAAGACUUUAUCGAUAGCGUCAACUGGAGAAGUGACGGUUGGUUGUUCUUGCUGAUAUUAUGGCUUGGACAUCUUCUUAGGCCGUUGAUUCACGCAUUUCGAAUUGCAGAACAUUUUAGACGCUAAAGAAAUGAAUGAUUGAUGAAAACGAACGAAGUACCUCACUGUAUACGUGCCUCUAGCUCUUGUAAAAUUUCUAACCAAAGGAACCACGCUGCUGCAGUACUUGGUGUGGAUUUUCGUACUGUCACUGAGUCCGCAGUCUUGUUUUCUGCUCUUUGGAUGCAAUGCAGUCUUUUGUGCUGUCAUUUAUGGCCUUCUACUACGAUAGAAUGAUUAUAGAUCUAGAAUACUAGGUUCACAAUGCAUUGACUCCCCACCCUCUAAACGACUGAAUACCAGAGCACCUCAUUUUAUUCUUGUCCCUGCCCAAGAUUCAUGUCCCUCAUUGAUUCUAUGUCCCUUGUUGUCCUUCUAACUACUCCUACCAAUAGCGAACACGUGGUUAGCGGAGAAUUGGAAGCUGGUAGGCUUUUCGGCUCAAUACUUUGACGAGAAUGGCUUUUUUGCUACCUCCUUUAUCGGCGUCCCACUUCUAUUAGCGAAUAUUUUGCUGCUUUGCAAAAUCACAAAGCACACUUUUUCGCUAGCAGUGAAGGUGAAGAGAAAGCAGCUUGGCAUUUCAAGAACAACUACAUCUAGUGAAACUGAAGCGACAGAUGUGGGGAAGACUGCGACAUUGUGAACACCUUCACUUUCUGGAACGACAAUUAUAGGAGGGGAGAAAGAUAAGGAUGAAUGAUCUACGCAAUGGCGUACUACGGAUGAUGAUGGAAACAUUCAGUGUUUCGGCUCACAGCGCAACAUACCUAAACAUGCUAGGUGAAUCCUGGAUUUUUCUAAUGCAUCUGGUAACACC